UUAGCCUUUCCUUAUUUGUUGUUUUUACUUUCUUGAUUACUUAAAAGCCUAAAAUAUUAAGCCUGUUCACCUUAUAAAACACAAUUUGAUUCAUAUUUGUCUGAACCAAACAUUCCUCACGAUGUUAAUAUUAAGUCUAAUAUAAACAACAUCAUAAUUACACUCUCGCAACAAAGUUGGGUAAGUCUUUCAGAUAUUUUGAAGAAAUUCAGAGGGAACAUUUUUCUUCUAAUAAUAUGACUGCCAAAAAUGAUUAAAAUCGGGUCAUAACUUCCCUGGCUCCCAUAUACCUAAUUUAGGGUUUUCAAACAUUCAAUGGACUUAUUACUACAGUAGAAUCCGGUUAUAACGACUCCGCUUAUAGUGUCCGUCCGGUUAUUGCGACGAAAACUCGAUGGCUUGGUUGGUCCCCAUACAAACUUAUAUGAAAGAGCCUCCGCUUAGUACGUCUCCGCUUUUAGCGACUAAAGCAGCAACUACAUAGCUCGCGAAUGCGAAUGCAAACGUUUGACAGUUGAGUUGAAUACACACGUUCUUAGGGGAUGAGCUACAUAGCUUUCGCAUGUUUUCGCAACCAACGCUCCGAAAUUCGAACUCGGAUUCGAAGACGCACAGAAGUUGAAAAUAUUCUACUUUCAAAUAUUCUACUAAAUAAAUACUUUUAGAUCAUGGAUGACGAAAUUUUAAUUAACGAAGUGCGUAAUUUAAUUUUAUGCAGAAGCUGUAUGUUAGGCUCGAUGGAGAUAUCUUAGAGAUAGAUAUGUUAGAGAAUGCUCAAAAAGAACCUACGCUUAUGGAAGUGCAGCAGACUCACCCGAUAUGGAAUGGCCAUUAUUUUCUCAAUUAGAAUUUCUAAGAGAAAAUGUGAAGCCGCGGAAAAUGACAUCAAGCAUAUCAGAGACUGAGUCGUCGUCUGGUUCAGCAAACACAGUACAAUACGAGAACUAUGAUGAUAUGAUCGAGACAAUUCUCGAUGAUUCUAUGCCGCCAGAACUUCCUUCAACGAGUGAGAAUUCGAGAAGUAAAAAACGAGAUAACCAUGAAGUAGGAGAGCAUUUAAUAACAUUUAUGGAUACCAUGAAGGAAAUUGUUCAAAAACGCUCGGAGAAAAGUAAGCACGACAGUUUCCUUCAGAUGGUAGGAGAAAAAAUUUGUGAACUGCCGGAAAAGGAACAAGAUGAGGUAGAAAAAAUUUAUUUUAAACCAUCUUUUUGAAAGAGUUGGACGUCGCCAGGCAUAGUUUAUUUUUUAUUUAUGAAUUAUUAUUAUUUUUAUUUUUUUAUUUAUGAAUUAUUAUUAUCUUU